UAUAAAUCAUUUUUAAUUUAAAAAUUCAUGAUGGAAAUUUAUAAAGAAAAUAUUACUAACGAUUUUCAACAAUUUUUUGAGGAAGAUUAUAACGUUAUAAUUUAUGCUGGGGAAGAACCUAAUGUUAAAGAACUUCAUGCUCAUUCAAUAAUUUUACGAUGUCGAUCACAAUAUUUUCGUACGGCUUUCUCUUCUAAUUGGGCAGAAAAAAAGGAUGGAAUGUAUAUUUUAAAAAAACCAAAUAUUACGGGAAACAUAUUCCAAAUUAUUCUUAGUUAUAUUUAUAGUGGAACGAUAAAUUUUAGUCAAAUCGAACAAACAAAAUAUUUGGAAUUAUUAAAAGCGGCAGAUGAACUUGGAUUUGAUAAGAUAAUUGAAAAUCUUCAAUUAUACUUAAUUAAUCAUCAACAAGAUUAUUUAAAAAGUGAUCCAAUUGGAAUACUUCAAAUAGUUUUUUUAUUUGAACAACUUAUAUUAUUAAAAGAGUUUUGUUUAAAAUUAAUUUGUCAAGAAACAAAAAUAUUAUUUGAAGGUGAAAAUUUUUUGACCGUACCAGCACAUACAUUAGAGC